AUGGCGCUUCGCCAGAUCGGACGAGUUGACCCGCCAUUACCGAAAACACACCGGCGCCAAACCGUUCAAAUGCGGAGUAUGCGAGAGAUCCUUCGCGAGAUCUGA